AUGUCCUUACAAACAACCUUCAACGCUUCACUGGCUCAGAUCUUUCGCCAGGGCCUGCCUCAGAAGAUAGCUGUCGCCCUCAGUGGUGGCGUGGACUCAAUGUGUCUCACACAUCUGCUCCAUAACUCGAAACGGAUACUGAACCACAACGUUGAGAUCUAUCCAAUCAUGAUAAACCACAACCUACGUCCAAACAGCCGUGCCGAGAUCCCACUGGUGAGAAGCGAGCUCACCAAGCUGGGGUUGCAGAACAACUUUCUCACCAAGGAGCUGAACUUUGACGAGCUUGAAGGGAAUUCGUUUGAGGAGAUGGCCCGGUUGAAAAGGUACAAUGCCCUGCAAGACCUGUGCCAGCCACUGGGGAUCCACCACAUUCUUCUGGGACACCACCUGGAUGACCAACUUGAGACGUUUAUCCUGCGCUUGUUGAAGAACUCCGGGGUCUUUGGGCUUGCUGGUAUGAGUCCCGUGUCCAAAGUCCCCACGGUCUCACCGGAGAAACUGAAAGCCGUGAGACCACUCCUGGGCGUGACCAAGAGCGAGAUUAUCCAGUACUGUAAGGACAACAACGUCUCAUGGGUUGAAGACCAUACCAAUUUUGAGGAAGUUGCUCUCAGAAACGUUGUCAGAAAGUGGGUCAAGGAACACGAGGACGUGAAGUAUGAAAGCUUACAGAAUUUCAGUAAGGUCAAAGCGUUCACGCACACGGUCGACUCCAAGGCGUCGGCCUUGAAAGAGGCAGCCGAGAUCAACUCCUCUGCUCUGGGGACGAUCACCGUGAAGUUCACCAGAGACCAACUGAAGAACUCUUCUGAUUUGGUCGUUGCUCGUAUGCUCUUCAAAGUGAUGUAUCCAAUCUCACCAUCCACCAAUUACCAUUACAGCUUUAACAAGCUGCUGGCUUCGAUUCCAAAAUUGAGAACGUCUUCGGAGACAAGCUUUACCCUGUUGCAAUUACAAUGGGAUCUGAAACCCACAGAAUCUGGUGUGGAGCUGACAGUUUCCAGACAGAACCCAACUACGCCUGUGGAGUACGAGCUGACGGUUCCUGCGAACGGCACGAGCGAAGACAUCCUCUUUGAUAACAUCUAUUGGAUAAAGAUCCACAACAACAGCGACACCAGCAAGUCAUUCACCGUUAAGACGCUGGAUAAGGACGACCGUGGCCGGUUCGUUUCUUUACCAUUGGGCUUUAAAUACAGUGAAAUGAAGAACAAACCAGUUGUUGUGGAAAACGACAAGGUUCUGGGCUUUGCCCAAGACUUGGACUUUGUCGAGUGCCAAAUCAAGGAGAAUAUCUAUGAGUGA